AUGAAUUUAAUAUUUUUGUCUGUUUGUUUCUUUCCCAAUGGAUUUGAUACAUUUAUGUUUGUUUUUUUUUCUUUCUCUCACAAUCAAUUUAAUACCUUUUGUUUCUUUCUUUUUACUUUGAUUUUUCCUUUCUCUUUUCUUUUUUUCAUUUAUCGUCUUUCUUUCUUUCCAUCCUUCCUUUUAUUCUUCUAUUUGUCGUACAGAAAAUGUUUUUUAUAUGUUUCUUUCAGAGUUCUUUAUCUUUCUAUGUUUUCUCUCAUUUUUUUCAUGAAUUCAUUUUAUUUUUAUUUUCCUUUAUUAUUUUUUCUUUUUCUAUCUUAUACAAUGAAUUUCAUUCUUUUGUUCCAUUUUCGUUUGCUUUGGUCUUUCUUUCUUUAUUUAUUUCCAGACUUCUCUCCUAUAUUUACAUUUUAUUUCUUACAAAGAAUUUCUUUCUUUCUUCCUUGCUUGCUUUUUUGCAGUUUUCUUUCUUUUCUGGUAUUUAUAAUUUUCUUUUUCAUUCUUUUCAUUUCUCUUUCUUUAUUUUUCGUCUGUUUUUAUUUUCUUUCUCGGACAAUGAAUUUAUUUAUCUUUUCUAUCUUUGAAUUCUUUCUCUCUUUCCAAACUUCUCUAUAUUUAUUACUUUCUUUCAUACAAAGAAUUUCUUUUUUUUCUUUUCAUUUCUUUCUUUUUCCAUUUACUUUCUUUCUUUCUUUCUUUCGUUCCACUCCUCCUACUUUUCUUCUUUUUAUCAUUUUCUCAUACAAUGAAUUUCAUUUCAUUUUCCUUCUUUCUUUCUUUCUUUAG